AUGGACCACCCUCAAGUCUGUAUCAUCCCUGGAGCGUCAGCCUUCUCUGAAUUUCGACGCCAGGCUCUAGCCUCCAACAUUGGCGCCCGCGACGUUCAGGGACAAUAUAUUCACUAUGUGGAACUUGUGGGAUCUCUUGAAUCUGAGAGCCAUGCCCUACUGGAAAAAUUGUUGACCAACGGUCAUCAUGUAGAUGCCCAAGAAAAGGAAGAAAAGGAAGGCGAAUCUUCCACUAUCCUCCAUGUCCUACCUCGACCGGGCACUAUUUCUCCUUGGAGUUCAAAGGCUACCAACAUUGCUCAUGUUUGUGGGCUUCAGAAAGUUGUUCGUCGAAUCGAAAGAGGUGUCAAGAUUACGGUCUAUCUUGAUAAUGGACAUUCUCUGGGCAAAUCAAGUCUUGACUUCCUCCAUGACCGGAUGACAGAGACUAUCUCGGAGAAUGAGCCAGACCUCGAUCUCUUAUUCAUGCACCACCAACCUGGCCUGUUGGGCACAUAUGACCUGUACAAUGGUGGAGAGACCCCCUCAGAGAUUCUUCAAGAUCUGAAUCGCAAGCUAGGCCUUGCACUCGAUGCUUCAGAAAUCCAGUAUCUGGUCGAAGCCUAUUCGAAAGACGGGCCAGUCCCGAGGAAGCCUACAGAUGUUGAGCUCUUUAUGUUUGCCCAGGUGAACUCUGAACACUGUCGGCACAAGAUUUUCAACGCGAGCUGGACUAUUGAUGGAAAACCCAAGACUAACACUCUGUUUGGCAUGAUCAGAAAUACGCACAAACAGGUUCCGGAAGGCACCAUCAGUGCAUAUAGCGACAAUGCAGCUGUACUAAAAGGCAGCAAUGGGAGUCAAUGGGCCCCCGACGACCUCAACGGCCAAUGGAAAGCAACAAAAGAAACCGUGCAUUUCCUCGUUAAAGUUGAAACCCAUAAUCAUCCUACCGCUGUCUCUCCAUUUCCAGGAGCGGCAACCGGUUCGGGUGGUGAAAUCAGGGAUGAAGGGGCAACAGGAAGGGGAGCAAAACCCAAAGCUGGUCUCGCAGGUUUCUGCGUGUCUGACCUGCUGAUACCUGGUCACCGUCAGCCGUGGGAGCUCGAUUAUGGCAGACCUAGCCAUAUCGCCAGCAGUCUCGAUAUUAUGCUCGAAGCGCCCAUUGGAAGUGCAGCUUUCAAUAACGAGUUCGGCCGACCUUGCACUGCUGGGUAUUUCAGAACAUUGCUCGUGGAAAUGAGAACAGGCAAAGACUCUACUGAAAUCAGAGGCUAUCACAAGCCUAUCAUGAUUGCAGGAGGCGUAGGUACUGUUCGACCUCAACACGCUCUCAAGGAUCCUGAGAUCGUCAAAGAUGGUGCAUUUCUGAUUGUCAUGGGUGGACCGGCCAUGCUCAUCGGUCUUGGAGGAGGGGCCGCAUCAAGUGUCAGUUCUGGAGAAGGGUCGGCCGAGCUAGAUUUUGCUAGUGUUCAACGUGGCAAUCCAGAAAUGCAGCGGAGGGCUCAAGAAGUCAUCAAUGCAUGCACCGCGCUUGGUUCACACAACCCUAUCCUCUUCAUUCACGAUGUCGGUGCGGGAGGUCUGUCCAAUGCUCUGCCGGAACUCGCCAAAGACUCUGGCCACGGUGCCGAAUUUGAGCUUCGAGAUAUCGACUGUGCAGAUAAGAGUAUGAGCCCCCUCCAGAUAUGGUGCAAUGAGGCCCAAGAGCGCUACGUUCUCGCGGUGGCACAGGAAGGUAUGAACAAGUUCAGGGCAAUUGCGAAACGAGAGCGGUGUGAGAUCUCGGUCGUGGGAAAAGCUACGAAGCGGCAGGUGUUGAAACUGACAGACCGUGAUCACCCGGCAAAUGGCGAUGAUCAACAAGAUCCUAUCGACCUUCCAAUGGAAGUCCUCUUCGGGAAACCGCCCAAAAUGACUCGUGAUGUGGACUCACGCAAGGCCGAUCUACCAGGCUUUGAUACUAGCUUGAGCCUGUAUGUGCCUCAGGCGUCGAUGAGCGGUUUGCUUCAGGAAGCAAUCGAUCGAGUGCUUCAGAUGCCAGCUGUCGGAUCCAAGUCUUUCUUGAUCACGAUAGGAGACAGGACUGUCGGCGGACUCACAGCCAGAGAUCAAAUGGUCGGCCCUUGGCAGGUUCCUGUGGCGGAUGUAUCUGUAACAGCGACGUCACUUACCACUGGUAUCAAAAGCGGAGAGGCGAUGGCGAUGGGCGAGAAACCAACCAUUGCCCUGAUCUCCCCGGCAGCAUCUGCACGUAUGGCAGUGGCUGAAUCACUGAUGAAUCUUACUGCUGCAGACCUGCCCGAUCGUCUUCACCAAGUCAAGUUGUCCGCAAACUGGAUGUCUGCGUCCACUCAUCCGGGCGAAGGAGCAGGGAUUUACGAAGCUGUGGAAGCGUUGGGCAUGGAUCUGUGUCCCAAACUCGGCGUCUCAAUUCCCGUCGGGAAAGACUCCAUGUCCAUGAAGAUGAAAUGGGCAGACCCACAGAGUAAAGAGGCAAAGGAAGUCACGAGUCCCCUAUCAGUCGUUAUAUCUGCUUUCGCUCCCGUUCUGGACAUUAGGAAAACGUGGACACCGCAGCUCAAACGAUACAACGAAGUUGGCGAAUCUACGCUCUUUUUCGUGGACUUGGGCCUCGCGCAUCGUGCCCUUGGAGGGUCCGUCCUCACACAAUCCUUCAAACAAAUUGGCGAUGAAGCACCCGAUAUCCGCUCGGUCUCCUUGUUCAAGGAUUUCUUUGACGCUACGCAACAACUGCACGAACAGGGCCUUGUGCUGGCCUACCACGACCGUUCUGACGGGGGCCUCUUCGUGACACUGGCGGAGAUGUCAUUUGCAGGUCGCUGUGGUAUAGAAAUCAUGAUCAACGACAUCUGCCCCACGCCAAACACCCCGGAUGUGAUCUCUACACUGUUCAACGAAGAAUUGGGUGCGGUAUUUCAGGUCCGGAAGUCUGACGAGAACCGCUUCAAGGCCUGUUUCGCGACGUGCGGUCCUCCUCCAGGUCUUAUCCACAAGAUCGGGCGGGUUUCAACCAAGACUUCCUCUCAGAACAUGGCCAUUUAUCACGGAGCGAGACUAAUAUACCGUGCAACUCGCGGUCAACUACAGCAAAAAUGGUCAAACACGUCAUAUUGGCUUCAGCGACUUCGCGACAAUCCUUCCUGUGCGGACUCGGAAUAUAACGCAAUCCUGGACGAUGCUGAACCGGGAUUGAGCUACAAUCUCAGCUUCGACCCCAAGGAAAACAUCAACACGUACAAAGCGUCCUUCCUCAAUUACAUGCGUCCCACGGCCCGGCCGCGUGUGGCCAUCUUGCGAGAUCAAGGCACCAACGGCCACGCGGAAAUGGCAUUUGCCUUCGAAGCUGCCGGAUUCACCGCGAUAGACGUCCACAUGUCGGACAUUCUGGACCCGAAACCACACCAGUCACACCUCGGCAUUGAUCACGACCUCUCUUCCUUCGUGGGUCUUGCUCUCUGCGGCGGCUUCAGCUUCGGCGACUGUCUCGGCGCAGGUCAGGGGUGGGCCAAAUCGAUCCUCUUCCACCCGACAACACGUGCAAAGUUCCACACCUUCUUUGAAAGGAAAGACACCUUCACACUGGGCGUCUGCAACGGGUGCCAGGUCCUCUCCAAACUGAAAGAACUGAUCCCGGGGGCGGAGAAGUGGCCAUCUUUCGAAAGGAACGAGUCCGAACAGUACGAGGCCCGUGUCUGCAUGGUCAAAGUAUCCGAUCCCCCAGUGGAAUCAGGCAUGUCCCCCAGCGUCUUCUUCCACGGCAUGAGCGGGUCUUCAUUCCCCAUUGCCGUCGCACACGGCGAGGGUCGCGCCUCGUUCACGACCGAUCUCCCUCCACCAAACACCGGGAACAAGACCUGGGACGCCUCUCUGGCCCACGAUUUCGCCUACGCAAACCUCGCACCACUCCGCUACGUCGACAACAAAUCCCUCCAACCCACGACAAGUUACCCGGCAAAUCCCAACGGAAGUCCCGCGGGCAUCGCUGGCGUGCGGAGCCAGGAUGGACGCGUGUUGGCGUUGAUGCCCCACCCGGAACGCACCAUUUUGGCCGGUGUGGGUAGCUAUAUCCCCGAGCAGGCCGUCAAGGGAGAGAAAGGCGACGGCUGGGGCGACUGGGGCGAGUACGGACCUUGGUUGAGGCUGUUCCAGAGUGCGAGGAGAUGGGUUGGGUAA